AUGUUGGCCACAAUCCUCCUACCACUUUGUGUUUUUUUAGUUCUCUUCAAUAUCAUGUGCAGAAGGCCGAAGAAUUUUCCACCAGGACCCACUAUCUUGCCAGUCCUUGGGAACAUCCUGAGUCUGAGCUUGGACAAUCCCUUGAAAGAUUUUGAGCGGUUGAGAAAGGCAUAUGGUAAUGUCUACAGUUUGUACCUUGGUCCAAGACCCGCUGUUAUUGUCAAUGGGGUACAAGCAAUGAAGGAGGCUUUAGUUUCCAAGGGGAUUGACUUCGCUGGACGACCGCAAGACCUUUAUGUCAAUGACACCACAGACAGAAAAGGAGUCAUCCUGGCUGACUAUGGUUCUAGCUGGAAGGAUCAUCGGCGAUUUGCACUGAUGACUUUGAGGAACUUUGGUCUUGGGAAGCAGUCAAUGGAGGAGAGGAUACUGGGAGAAACUGAAUUUAUCGUUGAUACAGUGGAAAAGAGCAUCGGUAGUACCUUGAGUCCCCAACUUAUGUUCCAUAAUGCAUCCUCGAACAUCAUCUGUCAGGUUCUGUUUGGUAAACGCUACGAUUACAACGAUGAGUUCAUCAAAGUGAUUGUCAAUUGUUUCACUGAGAAUGCCAAGUUGGCCAAUGGACCGUGGGCAAUGCUGUAUGACUCCUUACCAAUGAUUAGGAGUCUUCCUCUGCCCUUCAUGAAGGCUUUUGAGAACGUCAACAAAUGUCAAAAACUUGCAAAGCAGUUAUUGGCCGAACACAAGAGGACCAGAGUUCCCAAAGAACCUCGAGACUUUCUUGACUGCUAUCUGGAUGAACUUGAUAAGAGACGUGAUGAUGAAGAUUGCUCAUUUUCAGAGGAACAGCUAACAAUGUAUGCUCUAGAUCUUCACUUUGCUGGGACUGACACCACCUCAAAUACCCUCCUUACUGCUUUCCUUUAUCUUAUGACUCACCCGCAUGUACAAGAGCGUUGCCAACAGGAGAUCGAUGAGGUGUUGAAAGGAAAGGAUAAAGUGUGUUUUGAGGACAGAAACAAUAUGCCAUAUAUGCAGGCUGUAAUCCAUGAAGUUCAGAGAGUAGCAAACACUGUACCCCUUAGUGUCUUUCACUGUACAACAAAAAACACAGAGCUUAUGGGAUAUUCUAUUCCCAAGGGUACAAUGAUCAUCCCCAACAUGACCUCGGUGUUACAUGAGGAAGGCCAGUGGAAAUACCCUCACAAAUUUAAUCCUGAAAACUUCCUCAAUGAUCAGGGAGAGUUCAUCAAGCCAGAGGCCUUCAUGCCUUUUUCUGCAGGUCCUCGCAUGUGUCUUGGUGAGGGUUUGGCUCGUAUGGAACUCUUUCUCAUCACCGUGACUCUGCUAAGAAAGUUCAAUUUCAUUUGGCCUGAGGAUGCAGGAGAGCCAGACUUUACCCCGGUGUAUGGAGUAACUCUCACUCCCAAACCUUAUCGUAUGAAGAUCCAACUAAGGGCAAUGCAGUGA